AUGGGAACCUUCUCCUUUACCGAGAGGCCACUCGGCGAGACCUGCUGUGCCACGACUAGCGCCGUCAGCACAGAUAGAGGAGGGGGUGGACCUCGCCAUCUAUAUAAAGCGAACCUGCUAAGCCGGCAGUCUCGGAGCUGCAAAGUCCAGGCGGGGGCCAGCCCGAGGAUGAAGAAUUUCCUCCUUGCCGUGCUCUUGGCUUGCGGGCUGCUGCCGGCUCGCGGCAGCGUUUUGGAGCUGGAGCGGAUGAUCAAGUCGGCCACGGGGAAAAGCGCCCUGCUCUCCUACAGCUGGUACGGCUGUUUCUGCGGCAUCGGGGGCAGAGGGACCCCGGUGGACUCCACCGAUCGGUGCUGCCAUGCCCACGACUGCUGCUACAGGAAGCUGCGAGAGGGCAAGUGCAGACCCCUGAUAACCCCCUACCACUUUGGCGUCGCCAGCGGAGACAUCGUCUGCAGUAAUGAGCAGAGCUGGUGCGAGAGAGAGACCUGCCUAUGCGACAAGGCGGUGGCUUCGUGCUUCGCGAGCGCUUUGCAUUCCUACGAUAAAUCCUACCUCUUCUACUUCAGGCUGAAAUGCCGAGGAAGUAAGCUCCAGUGCUGAGGAAGGGAAAUCUGCACCCAAGGUUGCAGAUUUUGACUGGUUUUCACCACUGCUACGGAAAGAAAAGCCUGAUGUGGGGGCUGAACAGAGCCGGAGCCACCAAGGCUCCGGGCAAGGUGAUGGUCAGGGUGA